AUGCCGCCCGCGCCUAUAACUGGUGUAGCCUUCUUUACGUCUCUUCACAGGGUACCGCCACACUAUACCAUUGUAAGUUUUUCUCUUGAGUCGUCCGUUCCAGUAAAUUUUUCGCGUCUCUCAUAAUUACAAGGCGUUUUGAAAUCGAUUUCUUCCCUAUGCAUGUUCAUGGACACCGCUGUUGUCUCAGCUGUUAGUUUUAUGAAGUUUAGCGAGAUUUCUUGAGAUGCGAAUUUGUUAUACAAAGAUAUAUUUUGAUAUAUUUUGCGUUGAUGUUUGCGGUUACGGAAACUCUGUCACCACCAAAGAGUGGACAAUGUGGGGCAACAGUUUUUCAGAUAGCAAGCCUAGUAGUUUGAGGAAUGUCUGAUCAAAGGUGGUUCAGGAAUUUUUUUGAAGUACUGUAAUUUCUGACCAGUUUUUCAACAUCGUUUGCUCCUUAUUUUCCAGAUAGCCCGCACAAAAGACACACACGAAGAUGCCGAUCUUGGUAAAGAGUCACUUUUCCGAAAAUCCGCGCGCUAUUUGGGGUUUGAAAAGGCACCAUUCGACCCCAAAUCUCCACCCGAAGUUCUUGUUGAGUUGAUGCUAAUAAACGAAAGGGACUCUGUUCGCAGUGGCUUCCAGGCCAUCGAUAAAACUCACGACACACGUAAGUGUUCUAAUUUCAUUCUCUCUUCUUACGCAAAACAUACUUAAUCUGCUCGUAUCUUUCCGUUCCUCUAGGCGAGCGUUGCCUAAAGCGCAAAGUCCUCUGUGCCAGAUUUGAGCCCUGGGUCCCCAACGUAACUGCAAUCACUGAAAUCUUUAUCCUCAGUCGGAUCGGUGACCAGUUGACUGGGCAUACUUACGUAGGGUAAGUCACAAGUCCGUUCGUUUACAAAUAUUCACUGCUACUGCACACCUCAGUAUCAAAACGAUCUACGUGCGUGAUUGCAGCCGCAGUCACCCGUUUUAUCUUACCUAGGAAUGCGUAGGCAAAUCAUUAGGUGUCCACCUCUGCCCCAUCUUCGGGUUACAUCAUUAUCGCAGCAGACUAUGAACACGAUUGUUAAGUCCUGGAGUCCAAACUGAUACUGAAAAUAUCAAAACUUGUUGGUGAAACAAAGGAUAAUUUAAGCGUAGGUCGAGAGGGGAAAAGCUUGAUGCGAAAGUCGACUAAUGAAAAUAAUCAUGAGUAGAAGUCGUCCCCAAUGAGAGCUGUCAAAUAGCACAGUAGAAGUUAAUGUGCCUACUUCGGAGACAUCCUUUUUGAAGGUUCGAAGUACAUAGUUUUUACGGCUCGACCACUCGCAUUUUCUCUUGCUUUCCUUUCAAGGAACGCUGGCACAGUCGUCAUUUUCUCAUAGGAGAUUGAAUCAAUCAUCGUAGACGUGCUAUCGCUCUGUAUGUUUGACAUGAGCGUUUAAAGCAUCUCAUGUUUGCUUGGGAAACAGUUUCGCGGGGAUCAGGAGAAGUAUGCCACUUGCUGAUAAUGACCGGUACGCUGCUAAACAUACCAGGUAAUAAAAGGCGGAAUAAAUUUAGAUUGAACAUUUGAAAUGUAUAUGUUUGUCUACUCUUAGGGACAUUGAUGCCGGUCGCAUAUAAAUUUUACAGCCUGCCAUUUCUCUUAUUGUUUCUUCUUGAAAAUGGUUGCCUGGACGGGCUGUGGGGGUAAAAACAUAUUCUUCCGUUGUGGUCCAACUGUUCUCUUUACUCCAGCGUACAUACUCUUGUGUACGUGACCUUGAGUAGACUGCGUUUGUACUUGUUGAAAGCUCCAAGUAGGGUUUUGUAGAUCCGAGUCCCAGUUAAAUGAAAAAUACCGAUCAGGGAUAUCAUGGGAUUUGUGUUCCUCAGUAUAUCACGGAUGAAGGAUGGAGACGCUCGUUGCGUUCUGCCCUUCAUUUCUGAUUUAAAGCCUCACAGACGUUCGCACACCGACGGACAGCCAUGCAAAUUUACAAAGGACACAAUCAGGAAAGAUUGAACUGGUCACAUUUGUGCGUCUGCUCAAUGCCUGACUAAAUCGAAAUUCAGAAACGAGAUUUAUCGCACUAUGGUUAGAGGAUGGCCGAUUAAUAAUGGCAGCUAAGUUGAAAAUGGUCGUUUCUACAACCUCGCUUUUGCCGACCAUAUUUCGGAAACCUAGGGGUUGCCAAACGUGAAUGUCUGUUUAUUCAACCGUUUCAUAUGUGAGCAGAGACAAAAGUACACAUUUUGAGUUCUCGUCCUCUUUGUAGACAGUAAUUUGCUACCACGGUUUGGCAUCAGUGCUUAGGACUGUCUGCAGGUAUUUUAUCUAGAGAUGCAUAUUCCGCCACUCCUACAACGUCGAACUGUCGGUCAUGGUUCUUUCAGACAGCCUCGAGAAGAUUGGAGAGGGGAUCGGGGACAGUGGCCGACAAGCCUGAAUGGCCGUCUUCGCAUGCCAUUCCACUUCCUGCUCCACGCACGAUGCGCCAGGGGAUGCCAUAGAGUCCUUAUUAGGAAGAAGCCAUUGCAGCCUGAAUCUCCCUCCAGAGAGGAGGUCCGAAUCGUCCCACCGGUUGACAGCCUUCCAAGUCACGGUAUUUAGCGCACUGUGGUGGUUUGAAAGCGCGUCAGCUCGUUUAUAGUGAGGUAAGUGCGGGGAGUGCUGUGAGGACAGUCUCCAGAGUCGACCUCUUUCUCCACCGUCCGAGACGGUCAGUCAUCUGAUGCGGGGAUUGGGCGCAUUGAUUGACAGCCGUCUGCUCGUGCAGACUACUGGCCGGCACGAGGACUGAGUGACUGUCCGAGGGGAUGUUGAAGCACCUUUGCCGAACAAUGGAAACAUCUGGCGGAAGGGCGCCGAUCGGAAAAGUAGCCGCGAAACCUGUCAAACGUUCAUUAGGGCAAAGUGGACGCCUAAGCGGUUAAACAUGAUCACAGAUCACAAGUUAUGGUACAACUGACGAGCUCUCUGCCACAAGACGGGACUUUGGCAGUUAUCAACAGAUGACGAAGACUGCCGGUAUAUAAAGGAAGUCAGUCGAGUUUUAGCUCGUUUGGACGAACGUCAAGUGGUAGCACAGUGACUGGACCUCGCGAAUGCGAGCCUACUUGCUGAUGCCGUACAAACUGGUAGCUUCGUAAGACUACUCCCCCUUCUCCCACCUGUGCUAGAACGCUUCAUGUUGCUUAUAAGUUUAGUGCCAACGCGUAUGAACGAGACUCAACUAAGCUUGGAACCUGCCGUUUUCUUGAGAGAUUCUUGACUGAGACCCAACACCAACCGAACAACUCAAUAUUAAGGUCCUAUGUUCGGAUUGCUGGUUGGAUAUGCAGGUGUCCUUUUCGGCCUAGUAAAUGUUGCGUUGGUAAACUCAUCCGGCAGGUGGGACUCAGAGCGGUGCGAAUUCCACAGCCAUCGGGACAGCCCGCAACGCCAGCUCCUGGUGUUGAUGUCUGUCUGCAUCAGAUUCGAUCCCGUUUUUGUGUACAAACGCUUGGGUUUAUCUUGUUUAGGUUAAGCGAAUGAGUGCGUAAUGUGUACAGGCAGUGACAGGGAAAGUGUGCUUGGGCUUCUGGUUUGUGUUUAUUUUAGAAUAGGCGACACCCUUACACCUGACUCACGCGGUGACCACAGAAGUUUGUUACACAUGAUACACGAAGGCUAAAUAUCAUGAAUAUCCUGAAAAUUGUAAUUUGACAACAAGCGCACUUUAAGGAGUUAAGCUCGUGGCAACUACGUUAUACAGUCGAAUAUCUGCGUGACAGCGGUCUGAACGUUUCACUCCCGUCUCUGUCGAGUGAACACUGAAACGUCUACCUACUGUUUACAACUGACGAAUUUUCAGGCGAUCUGAAUUUCGGAAGUAGACGGCCGGUAUUGCCGGUUGUCUCUUGACGUAUUUUGACCUUAUUUUCUUGACAAGUUGUCCUUUUGAAAAGGAGGCACAAAUAUAAAAGCGGAGGUUUGAUCAUCGCGAAAGAUGACGUCUGGCAGUUUGAACGUCGUUUCCGACGGUGCCCAUCGUGUGCAGGUUGGGCAGGGGGGGGGGGAGGGAGGGGGAGGGACAUUGGCUUGCGCUCCAAUGCGUUUGUAAUGAUAGUAGACUUGCGCAGCAUCCUACCGCGCACUCUCCCUUCUCCCCACUCCGGUUCGGCAUUAGCACCGGAGGCGAAGGAAGCUGCAGAUAGCUGACACUGCGCCAACCCGCGCCUAGACAUUCCACCACACCCAUCCAAGUCCGCAACACACAGUGGCCACGAUUUUACACAGUAGAACGAGAAGAGAGAGGGUGGGGAGGGAGAGGAGGGGUGCGUCUUGGAUAUCCUACCUGGCGUGGCGUGGGCCUGCCUAUUGUUAGCGUGUUUUCCGUAACGCCAGCCCGACCCCGCUCUUGUCCUCGUGUUGGUGCCAGCACAUCCACCAAUUUGCCCUGUUACUUGGAAACCUUCCGAAGCAUAAGUGUGCAUGCUCUUCAAAACUGGUCAUGACGAUGCGGGGUCCACCGCGACUCUUUCUCGCGCAUUUACGAAUCAGGAGCAAAAGGUGUUCAAGGCAGCCGCAUGUUUGAAGGCAUCCCUCUCUUGCCGGCUCGGUCCCUUCUACUAGCCUUGUGAGAGACUACACGCACAACCUCAGCAUGUGGGAGACUAACAUUUGGGCUACCUCCUCUCUGCACAAUGCCUUGGUUGCAGGAAUGAGAGGUGUGUACCGGGUUUGGAAUCAUAGACUUCAUUUUAGUCUAUCAUGAAGUAUACAAAUACCGGUUUGGACAGGUACCAGUAAUUUAUUUCGCAAUUAUCAUUUGUAAUCUCGGACGCGUUUCCCUUACUCUCCCUACUAUCGCGCUCCCCCCUCUCCCAUGCAAUCAUUUUCGCCGUCCUUCUUAACAGGGAUCUGAGUAGUCAGGCGAUUUUAGCGUGCUCCCAGACGGUUCUCGGUUCUCCCAUGGACGGCAGUUCCCCCAAGCGUCCGGCCCCGAAGGUGGGCGAUAAGUCGUCUCCCAUUUUUCAGCCAAUGCUAAAUCGUAAGUCUGCAAUUGAUUACUCUCAUUUCUCCGCUUUGAGCAACAGCUUUGCGUCUAUUAACUAGCCAGCCAGCAGAAUUGUCCCUGUAGUCCAUCGUUGUUUUUUUUUUAAAUUGUAAUCGUUUAUGACCACGUAGUAGUAUCAUUUGUCUGACAGACUCGGUCAGUCAAAUAGCGCGUUUCUCACCAUAAUUAAUAAGUCCAAAUAUACCUGAACGCACUAAGACAGUCGCAGCUUGAAGGAGGCUCCUAACUCGGUCCUGCCUAGGACUGAGAGUUGGACUUCAGUGGCCCCUUAGUGUGAUCCUUGUGGCAUUUACACCAAUGUGAUAUCCGGGCUGCCUCUGUAGUAGCCUAGUACAUGUAGUUGGACCCGAUUGUGCGUGUGAUACGCGGUGACAGGAUGUUCCCGAGUGCAUCUGCGGUCUUCUUAACAACCAUCUUGCAACUGGGCAAGGUGGGUGAGGUAGUUGCUGCGUAAGUCCGCCUCCCUGUAAACUAAUUCGCACGCAUGCCACUGUAUUGUAGCUAGGGCCGUAAUAAGCACACAAGGAAGUUUUUAACACGAUUCACGUAAAUUGGACACUUUCUAGAGCCCCGUGUGUCCUCUUUUCAACGGGGUUAAAGAAUACGUGAUUUGCCCUGUAUUUGAGAUAUAUAGCUUUUAUUUUGUUAGCUCCAAACUCAAAUACAAAGCGACCGACUAGAUUUAAACUUAUUCGGGCACUGAAAUAAUGUUAAAGCCGAAGGACACCAUUUCUUUGAGCAAAAUGUUUAAAGAAGGCAUGCCUUUUUGUAAAAGGGUUAAAAAAAGGCUGCUUAUGUGUGCUUGUUACGAGGACACUGAAAAUCCAUGCAAAAUGCCUGCUGCUUAAGUAGAGCAUCGGACCCAUCCCACGAAAGGUGCCGAUAUUUACCAAACACUUUAGGGUAAGAUGAUUCCAUACUAACAUCACAGGUACUAGCCAAAAGCCCAUACACGCUUGUUUCGCCGAUAUUCUGCCGCUUCAUGGCGCAGCCGCGAGGGGUUCGGCUCGUCAGUGGGUCACCAGCAUUCCCCGUGUGUUUUCUGGUAGAUAGUCCAAUUCAGAAAUUGUUGCCUUUUAAUUUCCUCAGAUAUUAACUGAGAACUUGGCGUAGAUCAACAUAUUAUAGGGUCAAUGGUCGCAGCACAGACCGAGAAUUGUAAUACAUGACCUUGAAUAAACUGAUCUACUCCAACUUCGUAGAUAAUUUCAAAGGAAAUUAAAAAGCGACAGUUUCUUAAUUGGAUUACCUACCAGAAAACGGACGGCGAAUGUUAGGGGGUCCACUGACGAGCGGAACCCCUCGUAGCUGCGUCAUGCGGCGGCAGAAUAUCGGCGAAACAAGCGUGUAUGGGCUUUUGGCUAGUACCUGUGGUGUUAGUAUGGUAUCACCUUACCCUAAAGCAUACUACUAGCUGUCCGUCGACAGUCACUGGAUGUUACGCGGUUACCCGCUGUGGGUGAUGGACUUUGGCCCAAAUAUUCAUACAUAAAAUUCUCUGUCUGAGCCUAUAGACCUUGAAUAAACUGAUCUACUCCAACUUCGUAGAUAAUUUCUGAGGAAAUUAAAGAGCGGCAAGUUGUUGUUGUUGUUAGAUCAAUGCUUCUAGGCUAUACAUGUGGACAUCGUCAGCGUUAGGUGCAAUAACAGAUGUUGCAUCAUUCUGUUUGUCAUUUAAAAUAAUGCUACUUUCCUGCUCAGUAAUGGGUGGGUGGUCGGCGGAAAACGGAAUGACAUUUCAGGUACCGGCGUCGCCGUCUCCCGAUGAUAAUCACCACUAACUUUUUCACCUCUGGGAGUAAGUAGUCGAACGGAUAUAGUUUUUCUUUGCCAUUAUUGAAUUGCAUAUGAGCAUGUUGGGGGUUACACGGGAGCAGAUCGACCUCUUCAGUGAGCGGGUCUAGUUUUGACUGUUAACUGCUCUUAUUAAGAAGAACGCUGCCAGAGAGGUAAGACACAUGGGGAGAGUGCUCCCUGUGGUUGAGGUCCGAUUGUAGACAAAUAUUCUCUCAUGAGGUGUCAUAUUUGUGGUGGUACACGGAAAUGAUCUGAUUAAGUUUAAAGCGUCAAGUACGACAGAUUUCCAGUGCGUGACAGGCAAAAUUUGAGAGCAAGUAAGAUAGUAUUCCAUAAAGCGGGAUACAUCGGCCGUACAACGAGACGCCUGGUAAAGAGGGUGCGUGAACGUAUGCCUGCCUAGCUAGACAGAGGUGAGACCCGAUCGGUUUCGAGUUCUAUUCUCGCACAUUUAAUCGAUACGGAUCACCGAGUCGAUGCCAAGGAAGCAUUUCAGGUUGUCUAUCGGACACCAACAAGCUUCACUAAAGGCAUACGCCAACGGAUACUAGCAACGGCCGAGGCAGUGGCUAUACGGCUAGCGAGUCCGGUGUUGUGCUGUCAAAAAACCCUGACACGAGCGCUCUCUCUGCCGUGGCCAACGCCAGCCUCACGUGAUGACGACAUGCCUCCUCAAAUCCCUAAUUACAGUGAUGGGUACUCCGUGUACUCAAUCCAAGAACAUCACUCAAAGACUCGCUUACCCGCCUCCCCCAGCUCUAAGGGCCAAAACCUGCCGACCUCGUUUUGCGGGCGGUGUGGGGAAGAUGAGUGCCAAUAACUUAAUUGCCCUUGGGAAACCUAUAAACACUGCUAAUUUUGUAAGUUUCCAUUCCUUCAUGUAACUGUAUUGGCCUAAAGAAGAAUUACUGAAAAAAAACGUGUUUGACAACCUGACUUUUCAAGUGUAACAUGGGAAUAUUUGUGGAAAUUAUUCCAUAAAGUUUGGUCCCAACGUUCGACCUGUCCAUUUCCUUGGGGAUUGUACAAAGUGGUCCUACUCAUCGCCACUCCCUUAUUGCGAGGGAAUUACUGAAUGUGGAGAAGGGCUGGCACAAACAUUUAAUGGCAGUGACGGCAGUCUGAUCAACAUAGACAAAUGCAAAUGGGAAAGGAGAAUAUUCAUCAAUAGUCGUCAGCACAUAACGCUUGUGGGUUACCGACGGAAGAGAACCUUUGAAGUCGAGUGACAAUCGUUCGAACGGCUGGGUCGCUUUGAUGAGUUGACCUUGGGCUUUAAAUAAACGGGGUUUGACUUCACAGCAGACCUGACAUUUAGCAGCAACGCUACGAAUCGCUUCCAUCGAAGAAGGGAGAUGCUGAGCUCGAACACAGUGCGAAAGCCGAGACACGCCGGGAUGACAAAGUGACUCAUGCAGUUCUCUCACAUCGAGACUGGUUAGGAGGACCCCACAGCAAGUACGGGAAAGCGUAUCCGGCGCUCGACUUACCAUGUCGGAAGACAGUGUCAAAUUUGAGAGAUGACUGUUCCAACCUCCAGCGUUCGAUCUUAUCAUUUUUGGCCUUCACUUCUUGCUGAUUGCUGAAGAUGAGGGCAACAGAACACCGAUCCGUGACAAGUUUAAGAUGAUUACAGAGGAGGAAGCGCUUCCAUUUGCGUGCGGAUUCCACUUCGGCAUAUGAUUCUUUCUCUAUAGCUGAACGGUGAUGCUCAUUUGAAGAGAGGCUGCGUGGAAAUAAUGCUAAUGGUCGGCCAUUCUAAAUUCAGUGUGGCAGCGAUUGCGACGUCUGAAGCAUCAGUCUCGACAGCUAAUGGGGUAUCGUACUGAACAGUGGCUUCCACAAGUUCCUCAUUAAUAACCACAAAUGAAUCCAUUGCCUUAAAUGGUAAAGGGCAAGUUUUGUUAUGGAUGAGCAGACGAAAUUUACCUGAAAAAGGGAUAUAAAUGGCGAGUAAUAUACGAACUGUCCCACGACUCGUUGUUGAGCCUUGAGAUCAUGCAGAGGAGCCAUUUCACGCAAGGGUCGUAGACGACCCGGACAGGCCCUAAUGUUACCCCUGGAUACCUUGUAAGGAAGACGUUUGAUUUGUUUAGCAGCAAUAACGCCUUUGGCUUCAUUCCGUACUUUUCGGCCAGGCUAAGGAAUUUCCGAAGGGUUGAGUCAUGCUCCGCAAGGCCGUCCACGUAGACGAAAAUAUUCGGUAAGGAUCGGCUGAAGGACAUUAAGCAUCUGCGGCAUAAAAAGAAUACUUACUAUACUUAUUUAAGUGGGUUUUAGUCCGACACGAUUAUUUCGCCUUCGUGUUUCCUCGUACAAGGUUGGGUCGUCUUUUGUAGACAAUAUGGUGGAUUGUCUACAAUGACCUGAGCUCAGAGAGUUGAGAAGCGAUCGUUGUAGACACUUAAUGUUUAUUUUUUUAAUUGUCCUGCUUAAUUUCGGUUGCUAUAUGUCAAUGCAUUAAAACUUUCCUUCCGAAAAAGGAAUUUCCCAAUUACAAUACCUAUUUCGCCAUUUCUCUAUGCAAACAUAGGCCUAGCUCGUAAAACCCCUAUUACCACUUUUUCCCAUAAGACAGGCACCUUUGGCUGGUCGUGUGUGUUUGGGCUCCUUCACCCGAUCGUUGCUAAACGUUCUUUAGACCCUAGCGCAUAAUCAUGUCGUCGAUGGUCCGCUGGUAGCACGCAAUCCCGUUGGUCACACCAAACGGGAUGCGACAAAAUUGAUACAAACGUCCACAAGCUUCAAAGGCAGUGUAUGGUCUUCCCUUUUGAGAUCAAGAGUGCUAUAUCUGUCGUGGUUUGCAAUAUGUUCAAUCAUUUCGUCUAUGCUCUGAGAGAGGUAGACGUCUAGAAGUGCGCAUCUGUUGAUUGUUUGGCAAUUAUCGACAACCAUCUGCUUUUUGUGGUUUUCGUUGGCUACUAACAGAACUUGGGCUCGUUAGGGGGAUAACGAAUGCUCAAUUACACCCUCAGAAAGAAGCCGACCAAUCUCUUUUCAUAUAAAUCGCUAACCUACAUUGGUGUAUCUAUGAGAUUCAGUAAGGAUAGGCUUGCAGUCCGAUGUCAGAUUAAAAAUCAAACGGGGAGGCUUGACGCAAGUGGCAGUCACAGACGAAGGCAAGAACGUAGGUUUAGGUCCACCAAAAGAGAUUUCGAAACUUUUGUGCAGCAGGAAAAAGUCAUGUUCUAAGUAGAACAUCGGCGCACAAUUCCAUCAGGACCGAUAGCUUGGCCUCGUAUUUUGUGCCUUUACAUUCAAUAGACUAGAACGCGCCAUCGCGUGGAGCUGGUUAAGGCGGUGGUGGCCAUGGAUAUCUCAGUGCGAGUGCUAUGAACCUUUCGCUUAUUUCGGAGCACCACUGAGGAAGAAAUGUAACUUUCGGAACUACCUGUGUCAGUAUGGGCCUGAAAAGUAGUUCCAUUUAUCUGUAGUUCAACCGCUGCGCUUGAAAGACAGUCAGAAACAGCAGCUGAUGCCAGGGUGGAGAUGGUACGAUAUAUAGCGGAAAUGAUGGCUUUUCGCUUUCGUGAUGUUAGGCACAGGUCUUGGAAGUGCCUUUACAUAACGCAUCGCGUGCGGGACACAUCGAACGGCAGUGCCUGUCGCAGAAGGCCGAGGUCAAGCUUGACGAAGUUUCACAUGGCUCAGAUGGGCAGAUCUUUGGAGGGUGCUGAUACGAUAGAGACUGCCUUUCUGCCAAUUCCAGUGACCGUACCUUAUCAAAGGCAGUUUGGAGGACAACGAAGAAUGUGCCCAAACAACCUCAGUCGUCUUUCUUUGUUGACUUGGGAUAAACUCACAAAGAUUUCGUUCUGUGCGUGCGUACGGUGUCAUUUGAGACGAAGUCGGUGCACUUCACCCGAUUACGGAGACAAUGUCGACCAUACUCAGUCCUCUAGGCAGCAGCCUCGCAUCGAAGUAUUUGAAACUGUCUACUUCUUCAACCUGAUAGCCAUCACUGGCAAAAGGUGGCCUUUUGCGUAUUAGGAAUACGGCUUAAAACACUUUGGUCUUCCUAGUGCUGGUGGAUAGACUGAGGCAUUUUGCAACUUCAUACACCAUAGACUAGGUCACCUGUAACAGUCUGGAGUUGAAUUUGGCUGCCAUCAUGUGUACUAAUGGUUUCAAUCUGAGCAGAAGGAGAAGUCAUUUGAAACACCGGAAUCAUGAGCUCUGGAGGGAAGGGCCGUAAUGAGAGGUACGGAAUGUGUGUCAUUAUUGCCUACAUUUGGCUGUCCUGAUCGUGUCCUUCCUCUGUGCAAUCUAUGUGAUCAGACGUCAGCGCCUUGGACCAAUCAACAACUGGAGGCUGACAUUAUAUUAUGCGCAAUGUUAGUAAUUUGCUCAAAUAUAGGUCAUGACACUAUACUUAAUGCACCGCCCCUCCCCCUCCCCACACCUCCCGGCCAUCUCCCUCCCCUACACCUGGUUCUGCUGAACCGGCGUACGGCAUUUGCGGCUCACGCUGAACUAGGGCAUGAAAUCUGUCGACACGGCGAAGUCACCUGUCUCCUGCUUUUCGAUCUCUUCGUUCUCUGAUGGUAAAUUUAACUUUGCCGAGUGUGAGGCUGACACGGAGCCGUUAUACUGCCGCUGCUACUUGAAAUACUUUUUCUGGACUGACGACAAAUCGGUAGGCACAGCAUUUCUAUGCACCUGUAAAAUGCCGGUGGGGUUGUACUUCACGCCACCCCCCUCAUUGCGGACUGCCACCUGGCUGAUUUUGCUCUGCUUCCGAGGUGCGUGAAUGCAACGUGAAGUGACUUUCAGAGCCUGGAUGCAGUGCCAACUCGUUAAUGCUAGAACCUGAAUGCUGCCCUGCAGUGUGUCUGCGAUAAAAGUAUUAUUAGUAGUCGGAUUUGGUCUGAAUAAUUCAUGCUUGAACUCGAAGUACUUUUGUACAUUUUACAGCUCUCAAAGGCGUUCCAUUCGAGCUGUCUGCCCUCUGUCGACGGAAUAGUCAAAAUGGGGUGAGCCAUGCGUUUAUUUUGUCUUUCUUCACCCACUUGCACUGGCUUUUUCGACGCAUCUUUUUAUAAGCCUUGUUCACAUAUUUUUUUCCACUUUAUUCCCUGUUCAUCUUUAAUUACGUCUUCAUGCUUUUUUUCUGAUUAAUGAUUGUCCACUGCACAACUCUCUUUCCCUCCAUCAUCAUCCUCAUCAUCCUCAUCUUCAUCGUCAUCAUCAUCAUCAUCAUCAUCAUCAUCAUCAUCAUCAUCAUCAUCAUCAUCAUCAUCAUCAUCAUCAUCAUCAUCAUCAUCAUCAUCAUCAUCAUCAUCAUCAUCAUCAUCAUCAUCAUCAUCAUCAUCAUCAUCAUCUUCUUCUUCUUCUUCUUCUUCUCUCAUCCCCACUAUCACCACCAUUUUUAUUUUCUUCUCCGCUUUAUCCUUCCCCUCCUAUUUGCUCUCUCCUCCAACUCACUUUGGGCAUUGUGUGUUUUGGACACAUGCAGUCAGCAAACCGCCACUCGCCCCUUCCAAAACGCACGCCUGACAGUUCUGACUCACAGGCAAACUGCCAACUCCCGGCAGUCUUCUAUGUGUAUAGAGUAGGAUUUCUAACUCUCCCAGCUCACUGGACCCCGCCAUUUGAUCAAUAUCCGAAAUCGCCUCAUUUUAGACUUCUCCUAAAACACAUAAUCCCAUAGUGGCCACCUUCCUAUGACCCACUUGUUGCUAAGGCUUUGGGUUGCUACACACACAUAUCGGUGGUUCUCAAGGUGCCUCGGCGAGGGACUCGUGUUUCCCUGGGGGCUGAGGUGUCCAAAAGGGUACCAACCAUGUCGUCUUCUUCCCUGAGUACUUCAGUUUAUUAUUUUGCGUAAAAUGUUAUACAACCUUUGCAUUUACCACCUGCUCAAGCUUGUUUUCUUGUGUGCCUUUUUGUAGAUGAAAUCUUUACCCAUCCAACCAAGGGCGGCCGAGGAUGUUGAACAAGAGGUCGGCUACCGCCUCUGUCUUAUUUCACAUGUCUUUCCAUUGGGCAUGUUGAUAUGCCUCUGUUUAUCUCUGCAAGUCUAUUGACAGAGCAGUUUCUGAAAGCCGUCUCCGAUUUGAAAAGAUUGCCUGAGUAGGCCUGCGAUAGUAAUUGUAAGGCAGCUUAAUCCGGAGGUAUUUCGGCCACAGCAGGAUGUCGGUUUCGGCACUAGCCUCUCUCCGGUCGUUGGAUAAAAUAUCAUUUUGUGAAAAGUGAUAACUUGAGUAGUAUAAAUGUCCCUCGGUUGUUUUGAUGCCCCCACCAAUUCGUUCAUUUAUAGAGAGUGCACAAAAUAGUAUUUUUUGCAUUAAUUCUGUGGCCAGUAACGUAUUUUUCAUAAUUUGGGCUCGAGGAAAUGGUAUUCUUUGGUUUGAAGGACGUUUCUAUGAUAUUUUUUAAGACCUUGAAAUCUUCUUUCGUAAAGCAUCGUUUCCAUCCAUCAAUUGAUGCCGAAUGGACAACAUCCAUUGCAAAUUUUAAUGCGCCCUUAUGAUUCCUUAAUAGGAUAUGGAAAUACAUGAUAUUACUUUUAUGGAAAAUAUAAAGCUUGUAGUUCUGUAACCCGGGGUGCGGGUGCAAGGGCACGGCCGGUUAAACACCAUUCGGGAAUUGAAAACGUUUACCAAAACAGAAAGCUAUCCUUUAUUCACGAAUAAAUUUCACGGACGACGUUAUUUUCUACCAAAUGAGUACACGAAAACAUGUUUGUAUGCUUUCUGUAAAGCAUAAUAAACACACCUUAACCCCCAACCCUGACCCCUAAUCCCUAACCCCAACCUCUAACUCUAACCUCUAGCAGGUACGGCUAAGAAGUAGGAUCCUGCCAUAAAUUUGAAUUUAUAACGUCAUAGAAAAUCAGUGGGAAAGCUCACACUAUUUAUGUAGUCAUUUUUUUUUACAAAAUGUGAUUUAUACUGGUACCCAGAAAAAAAGCUCAUUUCAAUGCCGACAUCCCAGCACGGCUGAAACAUCUUGGAAUUAUGCUGUACGACAAUAAAUAUUAAAAUCUCACUUUGGUAUUUCUAUGGAAUCGGUGGCACAUUUCAGAACUUGGAUUGGCAUUUUAUGAAUUAGCACGCGCACCGUACCUUCAUUCAGCCGACGAUAAACGCCCACACCAUUACUUGCUGUUCCUGGAAGACGAGAGGCGUGGGGGUUAGACCUUCCUUGUGCACAUAUUGUCGGCCCGAGGAUGUGCCUACCGACUUUGGAGAGGCUCUGUGAAAAUAACGCUACUAGUCGACCAUUCUGAUUCAGUGUGGCAGCGAUUGCGACAUCUAAAGCAUCAGUCUCGACAGCUAAUGGGGUAUCGUUCUGAACAAUGGCUUCCACAAGUUCCUCAUUAAUAACCACAAAUGAUUCCAUUACCUUCAAUGGUAAAGGGGAAGUUUUGUUAUGGAUGAGCAGAUGAAUUUUAUCUGAAAAAGAGAUAUGAAUUGCGAGAAGUAUACGAACAGUCUCACGGCUCGUUGUUGAGAUCAUGCAGAGGAGCCAUUUCACUCAAGGGCCGUAGACUACCCAGAUCUGGUCAAAUGUUACCCCUGGAAACCAUGUAACCAAGAAGUUUGAUUCGUUUAGCAGCAAUAACGCCUUUGGCUUCAUUCCGUACUUUUCGGUCAUGCUAAGGAAUUUUCGAAGGGUUGAAUCAUGCUCCGCGAGGCCGUUCCCUCAAAUAGUCAUAUUGUCCACAUAGACGAAAAUAUUCUUUAGACGCCCGCGCGUAGUUAUGUCGUCGAUGGUCCACUGGAAGCACGCAACCCCGUUGGUCACACCAAACGGGAUGCGACAAAAUUGGUACAAACGUCCAAAGGCCUAUAUAAUUAGUGGUCAGAGUUAGGGGUUAAGGUAUGUUUGCUACGCUAUGUUAUGUUUUACAGAAAACAUACGAACAUAUCCUUUCGCGUACUCAUUUGGUAGGAAAUUAUGUCGUCCUUAAAAUUUAUUCGUGAAGAAUGGAUAUCUCUCAGUUUUGGCAAACGUCUUCAAUUCCCAAAUAGUUUUUAACCGGACCUGCCAUUGCACAUGGACCCCGGGUUCCAGAACUACAAACUUUAUAUUUUACGUAAAAGUAGAAUCAUAUAUUUUCAUAUCCUAUUAAGAAAUCACAUGGGCCCAUUAAAAUUUGCAAUGGAUGUUGCCUCAAUAAAUGGAUGGGAACGAUGCUUUAUGAAUGAAGAUUUCAAGGUCUUAAGGACAAGUCAUUGAUUCGCAUGACAGCUCACCAUAUACUACAUUCAUUUUUGCGAAAAGUAACCUUCAGAUUUUCCGCAAACUUGUCCGCUCUAGGGCUGGAUAAGCGACUGGCCGGUCGAUGUGACCAUUACUUAAGACAUCGGUCAUCAAAAGUAGCGAUUCCCUCGACGAGCACUCAAUCGGGUCAUCUGUUUGACUCAAGAUUGUCACGGAGUCAAGGGCAGAGCUAUGAUGUGGUGAGGAUGAUUGCGAGGCCGCCAGGGAAAGUUUUUUCCGUCUGACAAUUAACUCAUGUCAGUGUAUCUCUCUGCAUGCCCUCUGACCGGUAUAACCAUUGUAAUUACUGUAACCGCAGUUGAAUUUGUCAUCGCCCCUUUUUGUCUCUUCAUCUAUGCAGGGAGGGACGCUCAUCUUCAUUUGCAAAAAUGCCAGUCCACUUGUAUUAUCGUCUGACACCUGACGCUCACACCGGAGCACCUUAUGGGAGGUGGGGUGCGGAGACUGGCGCUGCUCGCUUCGUUUUGAUGUGCUGUCGUGUGUCGUGUCAUGUGCUAGGUCAUGGUCUGCGGGUACUUGAGUUGGCGUCAAAGCGCCUGGCCUGCAGUAUUUAUCGAGCUGUCUCGCCCCUGAUCUGCCCCAGCGCUUUCACACCCUGUCAGGGCUGAAUUACUCACUGUUCUCGUAGUCGUGCUCAACGACGACGGAUUGUGGGUCAGUCUGCGCCACUGCGUUGAACUCGCUCGUGCGCGAUCUCCGACAUUCGCCUGCCCAUCAUGCCAGGGCAAUUAGUCAGGAUAUCUGACGCGGUAAACAAUUGGCGGCAUGACCUCAGGCGGGGGUUGACCUCUACACUGCAUCAGUAAUCGCCGUGUGCUUGCCUGGGCUGCGCGACAAACCCUCGACAAGUACCCAGUCAUUCUGGAGACCUGUCGCUGCAGCAGACCUUUGUUGAUGAGGGUGUGAGAACGCCCCGCCCCCCCGCCAUGGCAGCAAAGUACAGAAGUGUACGCUGCUUCGGUUUCGCAUCCUCAUGCCUCCGAGUGUAUCGUUCCGAUAGGAAGUUUAGGCGUCGCAACCGCUUGACUGCUUUACUAGUGGUGGGUUAUUCCUCUUCACUACGUAUCAUCUGCAUGCCUUAAAGUCACGAUACUCGGCGAUCAAGUGAGGCGUUAUUGCCAUCGAGUGGUCUGUCGCCCUUUCCCGAAAUGUUUAAAAUACCCUACAGCCUUCAUUAACAUAAGUUAUUUUAUUUUACAGUUUUCGUACAAUUUCUCCUUGGAACGGUCAGUCGUACUGGCCAAGUGA